UCUCGCCAUACGGAAGUGGGCGUGGUUUCAAUUAAACUGGUGGCAAAACGAUGCAACCCGGAAAUAAGUUAGCUUUUAACACUUUCCCUUGUUCCAAAGUCAGCGGGUAUUUUUAAUGACUUUUUGUUUAAAUGCCUGAAUAUGGUCUGAAUAUGGUCAACACAAGCUCAAGACAUUUUCACAUUUUACUCGACGACAUAAAAUAUACCAGUAUAUACCCUACUUGUGAGUUUUUAGGGUUUUUUUUAUACCGCCUAUGGGUCCUCUACAUAGAAGGGAUAUAUAUAGGGAGCCGUGAUUGUAGGGAGUAGUGAAUUAGUGAGUGAUUUCGGAGAGUUUCACGUCGACCCAAGCGUAAAAGUGCUCCUAUUAGACACAAACAUUUUCUGUGGGAACAAAACUAAUGGAACGAGUGUUUUCGGAGCCAGGGGCGCCCGAAAUAACUUCCCCUUUCGCAACUGCUGAACCAUCCGCUGACGUCUGUCCCGGAGUGUCUCGGUGCUACAGGAGUGGGCAGGCUCAGACCUCUGUAGCUAAUAAUAACCACAAACGUUACCAUGUCGGUGUUGUCCCUUUCCAUUCUCCUGUUUUUCAGAUUGUCCACUUUUUCUGCAGCAGACAACUGUGAAGUGUGUGUGAGCUUUCUCCACAGAUUGUAUGGCAGUCUGAACUCAGCCCACAUGGAACUCACUCCUGCCCUGGUGGAGGAAGAGCUGAUCCAGGCCUGCUCUGUUGCCCAGGGGAAGGAGGCAAGGCUGUGUUACUACCUCGGAGCCAGCAGUGAUGCGGCAACACGCGUCACAGCAUCCGUGUCUCGACCUCUGGCCUCCCACGUCCCUGUUGAGAAGAUAUGUCAGCGCCUCAGUAGCAGAGACACACAGAUCUGCGAGCUUAGAUAUGAGCCUCAGCUGAAUGACCUGAGCAGCGACAGGCUAAAGAAGCUGAGAGUUUUGGAGCUGAGGAACAUUUUAGCCUCGUGGGGAGAAGAGUGUCGAGGCUGCCUGGAGAAACACGAGUUUGUCAGCCUCAUCCAGGAGAAAGCACCACUGCACGCCCACAGCACAGAGCUAUGAAGAGUAAUUAAUCCACCCAUCCUCUUAGUCUGAACCUAUUCAGACUCAGACUGAAUUUUUCAUUGUGGUGUUGAUGGUCACUACACUGCACUGUUACACACUGAAAUGCAAGACAAUCAUGAAAGAGCUAAUACUGGUUUUACAUUGUAAGCAGCUUCCCAGCUGCAUAUAGUUAUCAUCCUGGGAAAUCUUCUGUCAUCAUGUGUAGAGUUAAAAGUGGCAAAUAUCUAUUUGCACUGAUUUGGACCGACAACAUUCUGGUCGAUAAGAUUUCAUAAAAUAGUGAAACUGGCCAUCACAUGUAUCCAGAUGUUUAAAUGAGGUUGUUUUAUUGGACAAAGACAAUCAAUUUACAGUGAUGUAAAACAGGGGGGAAAAUGGCAAAUGUAUAUCUGCAUUUUGGCAUGUAGAAACAUUGAUGAUUGAUUGAAAAUUGUUGCUAAUCAAUGCUCUGCUGAUCUGCUGACCAUUUCAGCUGUAUCUGAAAGCUGUGCACAAAUGAUUUUCUCUCCUACACCAUGUUGGGUUUGCAGAAUCUACACGUUAACAUGUGAACACAAGCAGCUAUACAAACACUUUGUUUAAAGAUAAAUAGAGACAUUACUGAUUACUGCUGACUACUACUACUAAUAAUAAUAAUAACAAUAACAAUAAUAAUAAUAAUAAUAAUAAUAAUAAUAAUAAUGAUAAUGAAGACAGGAAGGAUACUGGAUGAGUUCAUAUAAAUGGUUUGCAAAAGAAAGUUUGCUUGCUGUUGUUUCCUUUGGCAACAAUUCAUUAAAUAUAUUUAAAUACA